AUGGCACCGGCGACUGAUCAUUUAAGAGAAGGAUCUGAACCAUCCACUGACACAUUUCAAUUGGAGACUCCAGAACUGAACAAACAACCGGAAGAAGUUUUUGAUAUUGUGUGCAAGCUGGGAGAAGGGUCAUAUGGCGCUGUACACAUGGCGAUUCACAAAUCCUCCGGUCACACUCUCGCCAUAAAGAAAGUUCCAGUUGACACCGAUUUACAGGAAAUCAUUAAAGAGAUCAGCAUCAUGCAGCAAUGUGAUAGUAAAUACGUUGUCAAGUACUACGGGUCAUACUUCAAGAAUUCGGAUCUCUGGAUAGUUAUGGAAUAUUGUGGCGCGGGCUCAGUCUCCGACAUCAUGCGACUUCGCCGAAAAACCCUCAAUGAAUUGGAAAUUUCCUCCGUACUCAGGGAUACGCUAAAAGGACUUCGAUAUCUACACGGACUAAAGAAAAUUCAUCGAGAUAUCAAAGCCGGGAAUAUUCUGUUGACUCUAGAGGGACAUGCGAAAUUGGCUGACUUCGGAGUGGCUGGACAGUUGACGGACACGAUGGCCAAACGGAAUACCGUGAUUGGAACCCCAUUCUGGAUGGCUCCAGAAGUGAUAGAGGAGAUUGGCUAUGAUACAAAAGCUGAUAUGUGGUCAUUGGGAAUUACAUCGAUUGAGGCGGCUGAAGGACGACCACCAUAUGCAGAGAUUCAUCCAAUGAGGGCAAUCUUCAUGAUCCCAACAAAACCCCCACCAACGCUAAAAAACCCUGAAGACUGGUCUCAUGAAUUCAACGAUUUUGUCCUUCGAUGUCUCGUAAAGAAACCCGAAGAUCGAGCAACUGCAGCCGAGCUCUUAGAGCAUCCGUUUAUCGUUAAUGCUCAAGGACCACACAUUCUGGAAGAGAUGAUUCGAGAUGCAAAAGAGAUUGCUGAAGCUAACAAUAUGGCUGCUGCACAAAUGGGAUUGGAAGAGGUGGACUCAGGCACGAUGCUUCGAAACGAUGAUGGUACAAUGAUGUCAUGGUCGGCUGGUGAAGAGGGAACACUCAUCCAACAUCCCACUUACAAUUAUUAUCAAACCGCACAGUCACUGAGAAAUCAAAUGCAACAAUUGAUGAUUGGUGGGAAAAUCCCAGCUGUGGCUAGGGGCGGUCCAUCAAAUAAUGGAAACGCAAACUCACCAAUGUCUCAUUUGCCACCGGAGCAUGCUCAAGCUUUGGGCGCUCUUCACCAGAAUUCAGAACAAUUUGCUAAUAUGGCCGAUCGAUCACUGUCAGCUAUCGGAGCGCCAAAUGAUACAUUCCCAUCAACGUUAUCAUCACAGACAGUUGGCUCAGCAGAUUUUCAACAUGCUCUCACCAGUGAAAACUUUGAAUUUUUACGUGGUCUUACCAUGGAGGAAUUGAUUCGAAGAAAGAACACAUUAGAGGACGAAAUGGAUAACGAAUUGAAAGAAUUGCAACGCCGAUAUCAGAACAAACGACAGCCGAUACUCGAUGCGAUCAACGACAAGAAAAAUCAAAUGACUUUG